AGGGGUGACCGGGGCAGGAGGCGACGGGAUGAGAAGGCGAUGGGAAGGGGUGACUGGGGCGGGUGGCAGUAGGGGGGAAGAGCCCAGUAACAGGGUGAUUCCUCGUAGGAGGCAGUGAUGGGUGGAGGGCCCAGGAUGCUGGGGAGGCAACAGGGUCGUGCCAUGAAGGGAUCCCGUGCCAUGAAGGAUGCCCGCUGGCUGGGCAAAGUCAGGGAGACUCUGCCGCCAGAAAUGAGGGCAGCGCUGAGUGAUGGGGACUCUGGCCAUAAAGAAGGAAAAUUCUGCAUGGCUGGGAAAGCAUUUGGGGGGGGGGGGGUCUUGUGGAUGCUUCCCUGUUUGGUUUCCACAUGACGUCAUUUCUCUUUCCAGCCCAGGGGCCUCCCAGAUGCCUGGAGCAGAAAGAAGGUGCUGGUGGCGGGGUGAGUACCAAGCCAUCCUCAGCACGGGCAGCCCAGGCAAACACCCUCCAGGCCAGGCGCUGAGGGAUGAGCCCCAAAACCUGUGCUCUUUCAAGUUCUCAGGACUUACGUCACAGAUGCAGACUCACGCGCUCCAACCGGCAGUUCCCCGGUAUUGCCCGUGAGCUCCUAAAAGAACUAGGAUAAGUCACAGGCCUGCCCCUGAAACCCAGGCUCACAGUCUGGGCCACUGGACGGCGACUGAGAUCGCGAAACGUGUCAGUACUUUGGCCUGGUGCUCCAGAUCCAAAAAGAGUUAAGAUCCUGAGCCGUCAAGGCCCCGCUUGCCGCUGGGUGCUUUCCCCCGCCCCUGACGACAUGGCCGUUUCUUUGUAGCAUCACCCUGGGCGAGAGCUGAGGACAAAGCACUGAAGAAAGCCUGGCUCCAAACCCUUCCCUGCAUCAGCGCGGGAGGCCCGCCCAGGCCCAGAUCAGCGGAGGGCAGCUACGGGGAAUGAGGUCAAGUUCCGUCUAGUUGCACGGUGUCCUUUCACGCAGGGCACCAGAGAUACCUUUCCGAGUGAAGUGGGUCCAGCCAUGGUGUCAGAAUCACAGUAGACCCCCGGCAAGUCCCCCCAAGGUGGGUGCCUCGUCCCUGGCAACCGCACAUCUGGUAAGGUGCGCACAGCCGUCACCAGAAGACUCUGUGGCCGGGGCGCCACCGUCCAGCUUGCUGUCUCGCGUGUGCUUCUCAGGUGUGCUUCCAGAAUGCUCAGAGGCUCCUCUCAAGUUUCCUUGCGAUGCAGUCGUCCUGAGGGUGUUGCCUACAAAGGGCCCGGAUUCCUCCUUUUCACCACGGAGUUCGAUAGGGGAUCCCGAAACCCAACAACCGAAAAAGUUAGUUAGCGCACUUAGCAUAAGGCAGUGGGCAGCUGUCCACGCCACGCGAGUUCUGGCUCAGAGAGGCCCGGUGUGCAGGAGCCCAGGAGGGGAGUUUGCGGCCAGUGAUGAGUGGCCGCGUGCCGCUGGCGGAGAAGGCCCUGUCUGAGAGCUAUGCCCGGCUCCGGUACCGGGACACCUCCUUGCUCAUCUGGCAGCAGCAGCAGCAGACACUGGAAUCCGUGCCCCCUGGGACAUACCUGAGCAGGAGCCGAAGCAUGUGGUACUCCCAGUACGGAAAUGAGGCCAUCCUGGUCCGGGACAGAAACAAGCUUGAGGUCUCCCGGGACACGGGCCAGUCCAAGUUUUGUACGGUCAUGUAACUCCAGCCUGAAGACCGGGGCCCAGGCACCAGGCUUGGGGGAGGGAGAACAGGCCACGUUUCGUUCAGGGGCCUUGGUGAUUUCCAGUCCUUCCUGGGAGAUCGCGAAUAGUGAGCGCGAAGACGAAGCCGGGCCGGUGGCGCCCAAGCCCUCUCUCACGGGAUCGAGUGACUGGCGGACCUGGCCUCUGGGCCCGGUGCCUGGUCCGCUGGCACUGUGGGCACAGCCCAGGCCGGGGCACGGCCAGACGCCACUUUUCUCUGACGCUUCUGAACAAACCAAGCAAGGGGGACUCCCCUGGCUACAAACCACCUUUUCAAAACUUUCUAGGCUGUCAUCAGCAUUCCCCCUUCUGCCUGGUCUGGAGACAGAUCUAGAAAACGGUGGAGGAGUUAGUGCCACGUGUGGGCAGACAGCGUCUGCGGGGGGCAAGCUGGAUUCCGAGGCCAGCGGCGGCACCGCGGGAGGGACUGACGCCGCGCGUCUUGUUACAAGAUGGGCAUCGCGUGCAAGGCGCGGGGCAGCUUCCGCACCAGCUGCCGAGUACGUCCCAACACAGGGCGGAAACCCAGAACUACUGGGCUGCAAUCGCGUGGCUGGAAAAGGCCGGUGCAGCUUCGCAGUGUGCCACCUCUGCGGGGUCGGGCGCGUGCCGCGGGAGGCAUUUUCAGAGGCUUUGCCGUCUGCUGGGACUGAAGGCUGUGAGCCAUGCAGCCAUGCAGCCGUGGGAAUCUUUUGUCAAGGCUGGUUUUUCUAAAUAAAUACCCUUUGGGACACUCCUUCCUUCCUCGCUUUU